AUGGAUAAUGCCAUGGGUGAUGAUGAUGCUCCAUCCACAGAUAUGGACUCCUCCAGCAGCAGCUCCACCAAUGUGACUAAGUCACCACCACCCAGGAGCCCACCAAAGAGUCCAGGUAUCAAUGCUCCACCAAAGAGCCCAGGAAGUGCCAAGAGUUGGCCACCAGCCAUUGAUGCCAAGGCUUGGAGGCCAAAAGAAAUUGCAGCCAUGAUGGCUGAAGAUGGGUGGCCCAACCAGGCUGCCAUGGCUCUCCAAGCCCUUGGUGCUCCAAAAGCCACCUUUGAAGACAUGGCAGAAGAUUCUCCAACUUCUCCACCAGAUGGUGACCCCCAAUCACCACCACCAUAUGUGCCUCCUGCCAUUGGAAGAAUGGUUCCCAAGACACCACCAAAGAGGCCACCAUUGGCAGCCAAGAAGUCUGCACAAGCCCCAAAGCACCAAGCUGAGUUAGCAGCUACCAGCAGUACCAGCAGUGCACCAGUGCCAGCUGUACCUGUCCACCAGGCCAAGGCCAAGCAACCAGGCAGCCAAGCACCACCUCAAGCUGCUUCGCAAGGAGGAUACCCAGCCUCCCAAGCCAGCAGGCAAGCUACAAAAGCAAUGCCAAUUGCAUCUCCAGAUGUUCCAAGGACACCAGCAACUGCAUCACAACCAUCACAGCAUUCUACACCAGCAAGUUCAUCACAUGCCAAGCAUCUACCACUCUUACCAGCAAAUGCACCACAAUCAGAGCCAAAGGCACCACCAUCACAGCCAAAAGCACCACAGACACCACCAAAAAAGCCAGCAAAGGCAAAGCAAACACCAAGUGGGCCAUCCUCAUGGAAGCAAGGCCAGCCAGGCAAAUCCAAACCAGCAGGCAAAGCCACUGGGUGGAAGAACAAAUUGGCAUUCUUCACCAAGUAUUGGAUUGCCCAAAACUUUGAUGUGACCACCAAUGCCAUUGUCCAGUUCACCACUGACCUGGAACAGGGCCAAACCAGGAUGCAGGGCAUUACCAGCAAAGCCAUGAUUGCCCCUCCAAGGUCAUGGCAAGGCAAUGCCUACAGCUUGGUCCACCACUACAACCAACAGAAUUGGGCCAAGAUUGAUGGGAUGAUAGCCACAUGGAGGGCAGACCCCCACUUUGACCAGCUUGUCAUUACCAGUGAAGCCAUGAGAGAAGAACUGAGCCAUUUAGCUGCCUUGCAUCAGAAGAGGCCAGGAAGUCCUGUGGUCCAAGGUAUGGCUGCCACCUGGUGUGGAAAAGUCGAAGCUGUCACCAGCUGGACCAGCCAUGGAAUUUUGGAGUUGAUCAACCAUAUUGACACAUUGAGCCUUCCAGAUGGCAUGAAAGCCAAGUUCCAUGAGUGCUUGGAAAAGUUGACCAUUGGCUCAUCCCAAGCACUUAAGGUGAUCAAGGCUGGCCAAGUGAUCCAUAAUUUACCAGCCUACAUGUCUCAGACAGAUUGGACAAAAUUGGAAACCAAUGCCACCCUUUAUGACCACAUGCAUGUGAUUGCCAAGAGGCUUGCCACAAUGGCAGUGGUAAGCUUGAGGGAAAAUACCAAGGCCCAAGCUGUGGCUCUUUCCUUGUAUUGCCAAAGCCAAUUAGGUAAGCCAGAACCCAAUGCCAUGACCAUCCACAAUUGCCUGGCUGAUUUCCAAGCUCUGCAUAGCCAGUCCACCAACAAGAUGCUCCAAACUAGCCAAGUGGCUAGAGGCACCACACAUGCCAUGUGUGAUGAGAAGACCAGCAAGGAACUGCUCCAGGAGUUGCUAGCCAAACAUGACAAAUCUGCCCAAGUGAAUUUUGCAACAGGAGGCCCAUGCUCCAGCCAUAGCUUAGCUGAACAUAGGCCAGUAGCCACACCACAGGCUACUUUGUUUGCUGAUCAUGGAGAGCCAAAGCUGCCAGAAGCAGAAAAAACUCAUGAGAAUACACCAUCUCUAGACAGCAGAGCCAAACCACCAAAUUUGCAAGCCAUGGAGGAGGAUGCAUUCAAACAGUUGCAGAAAGGCAAAUGCAAAGCCAUGAAAAGGCCAGCUAGCAAAAUGGACCUUGCUGCUGCAAGCCAAGCUACAUCCAAGCAGAAAGCAGCAUCACAUGCCAAAGCCAAGCCUGCAGCCAAGACAAAGGCAAAGGCCAAGACAGUGCCAAAGCUGAAAGGCAAAGCAAGGUUGCCAGGCAUUGGCCCAGGCAGAGCUGCAUGGAAGGCACACUUUGGAAAGCCAAAGUAG